AUGUUACUCUUCGACACCCCAUUCGUUCAUCGAAUUCUGGACAAACAUCCUGUCUCCCAGAUUGUAUCUGUGGUCAGUAUGGUCAUCAUUGUCAUGUACCUCUAUGCAGGCGAUGGCCCUCUGCGUCAUAGAGCUCGAUAUAUCCAAGGUGCUGGAGUAUUGGUCGUGCUGCCCUUGGGAUUCAAGUUUAUAUUGCUCUAUCUCCUCUUUUGUUAUGUUUGCACCAUUUUCUACGCCAUCUCACCUUCCCCACCUUCCAAUGUCCGCCACGGGGCUUCCUCAGUGAGGGUGCUUCAAACUGCUGAAGCUCCUCCAUACAGGAUCAAAAAAUCCAUACUCCCUCAGCAGGUCAAAAUCAGACUCCCAGUCGAGGGCUGGUCAAUCGACGUUGAGUUCUCAUCGAGCCGUCCACAUGUCAGAUUUCCCAAAUAUCAUUUCGAUUUCGAAAAACAGCUGGACCAAACUCUGGGAUUGAUCAACAGAUCGGGCCAAGUUUUUGUGGAAUUUGCCAUAAAUCCUGUCAAUAUUAGCUGGAAUACAGACACAUUUUUGCGAUUCCCAGACGAUAACCGUCAGUGGGACGCUCGGCUCAAAGUCAUCCACAAGGAACAUCGUGUGAUCUCCAUUUACGAGUUCGCGUUAACACAUGCCUCGAUCCGGCUUCCUCUUCAUAUCAUCCCUCAACAGUUCCGCAAAGGUGGUGCAGACGGAAAUGCUUGGCUUAUUGACAUCCCCAGAUUCGCUGACUUGCAGAAUUUCAUCAAACGCACUUUAGCUCCAGAACGAAGCGUGGAGGAUAUACCCAUAGGUUUUCCAGACGCAGGGGGGAAACAACAUUUUGACGACUACAUUGCAUGCGUUGACUUAACUCAAGUCGACAUUCCCAUUAUUGUGCCUCACUUAAAGAGAGUUAAAUUUGGGACUGAUUCGUUAAAUAAGGGUCCAAUCCUUGCACCCUUUCGCAAUCGAACUCAGGACUUCCUAUGGGAUCACUUGACUGGUAUUUCAUUGGACACAGUUAUGAUAUUUGCCGAAGAAUACAGAAGGAUUCUGCAGGCCGGGGGAAGGUUUCGGAGCACCGGAUUCUAUGAUGCGUCCACUAGGAUUGGCAAAGGCUUCCCAACUCAGAACCUUGCACUUAAUUGA